CCCACUGCUUGCCAACAUUCUGCAUAUGCAAUGUCUGUGAUCUGUUGUACAUGCUCUAUCUAUCUAUGGGAUGGAGUGUGACCUCUUUCUUAUUCCCAUUGCCUCUUGGUGUUGCUUGUUGUAUCUUCCGCCCCACUCCCCGUUUCUGCCCUAAGAUCAUAUCUGAAUCCAUGCUGCAUCCUUGCAUUCCUAACUCUCUUUCAUUCGCCAAACUCGCACAUUGUUUGGUUCCUUCCUUUUAUUCCUCUUUCUCUCCUCCAGGUAGCGCCAGUCCUUUAAAUCCCUUUAGAGCCCCAGUCGCCUACCAGCUUCUCCUCUCUCUCUCUCCCACAGAGGACUCUGUUUGUAACAACGCUCCCUCUGGUGGAAGGAGGCGCUUGGAUACGCCAGUGGUAUCAAUAGAGCAUGUGAUAGGAUAAGAGGGGGAAUAACUAAAGGCAGUUCCCUCGGGCACCCACCAGGGCCACUUCUGUUGCCUGAGGUGAUUCAAGAGAACAAUGAAAAUCACCCCAUCACUGCCCCUCACCGGGACUAAGCAUGUUGCGUCCCUUGUUGCCAUGGAGAGUGAUGGACCUUGACUUGGAUGUCCCCAUGUGGCACUGCCAGACCCUUGGAAAUACCAUGAGAGCAGCCUCUGAUGGCAUUUGGCCCCUUCCCCUUCUAGUCAUGCUGGGAACACGGCAGGGCAGUCACGUGGAAAUGAGGGGGGAAUUCCCCCCCUCAAAGCAUCAAUAAUAAUCAAGACCAAGAAGAGCACAUAGAGGAGAUAGAAGAGGCUGUGGAAACCCCAGCAGAAGAACACGAAGAUGAAGCUAAAGAAAAAGAAGGUGGUGAGGGGGAGCGAGAGCAGGAGUCUGGAGAAGGGGAGUCCAAGCCAAAGCCCAAUUCCACCCUUCCUAGUGUCACCAGGCUCUUCAUGCCAAACUUGGUGCCUCCCAAGAUCCCGGGUGGGGAGAAAGUGGACUUUGAUGACAUUCACCGCAAGCGCAUGGAAAAGGAUCUGAACGAGCUACAGGGCCUGAUCGAUGCCCAUUUCGAGAACAGGAAGAAGGAGGAAGAGGAGCUGAUCUCCCUCAAGGACCGAAUCGAGCAUCGGCGAGCGGAGCGGGCAGAGCAGCAACGGAUCCGCAGCGAGCGGGAGAAGGAGCGCCAGGCCCGCGUGGCUGAAGAGAGAGCCCGCAGAGAGGAAGAGGAGGCCAGGAAGAAGGCUGAAGAGGAUGCCAGGAAGAAGAAGGCUUUCUCCAACAUGCUGCACUUUGGGGGCUACCUGCAGAAGACAGAGAAGAAAAGCGGGAAGAAGCAAACAGAGCGGGAGAAGAAGAAGAAGAUUCUCAGCGAGCGGCGGAAGCCUCUGAAUAUCGACCACCUGAAUGAAGACAAGUUGAGGGACAAGGCCAAGGAGCUGUGGCAGAGCAUCCACGACCUGGAGGCUGAGAAAUUCGAGCUGCAGGAAAAGUUCAAGCGGCAGAAAUAUGAGCUCCAAGACUGCCCGUGGGAAGAGCAUGGUUGGCGGCCGAUGGAAGUAGCACCGUCUGAUGGGCACAAGGCAGAGGAGAGGAGAGGCCCAGGCACGGAGUGGUGCAUUCCUGUUUGGUCAGCCAGCUGGAUUCCGUUUGACCACGGAUCCUGCACGAACCCACCCGCCACCCCUAAGGACACAAACCAGUUGUGCUUGCACAGCCCUCACUGCAGGGGCAGCACUGUCUGCGUGUGGAGCAAAUGCUUUGCUAGGUCGGCGCUGCUUGCUCUUUUCACUGAACCCCGGGAUGUUGCUGUGUCUGUAAAUAAAGAGAAUCAGGAAGGGAUAUGUGCCUUUCCUGCCCAGUCAUCUUUCACAUGGCCUGCUUGCUGAACUUGACCUGCUGCCCUGCGUCCAGAAGAUGCAGGCUGUGGAGCUGACCCUCAGCUGGUGUAUGUCACUGUGGUGCCAUGCGAAUAUACGCUACCGGAGGAUCGAGCUCGCUGAGUUCAGUGGAGCUACGUUGAGCUACAGCAGCUGAGUGUCUGCUCUCUGCUAGUGCUGGAUGAACUUUAGUUUCAGAAAGGUCCCAAAACUGUUGGAUGAAUUCCAGAGAUGUAUCCAAACAGCCCACUUGAUUUUGAGAAGCUGGGCUGGGAAACUCUUGAAAACCAAUGAAGGGCUUGUCUACACAGGAUCUUUGGGUGCAGUAAGCCAGGAUGUGACUCUACAGGCCGCUAGCUUGCCAGGCAGGAAUAUCCCAUGUGGACACCGCCCCAGUGCACGGAAAGUUCUGAGAGCCCUUUGACUUAGGCUGUGUCUAUACUACAGAGCCACUGCCAGAAGGGGGAGUUCUGCCAGUCCAGGAACACCAACUCCCCACAUGACAUUAGCACUCCGCUGUUUGCACAGCUGUGUCUACACUGGGGGUUCUGCUGGUGUAGCUCUGGCACUAGGGGUGUGGUUUUUCACACCCUGAGAGACAUAACCAGGCUGCUAUAAAUUUGAAGUACAGACCAAGCCUUCCUGCACUUUACAAGCAGUAGUAACUAAAGCGGCCUCUGGGACUUUCACUGCGCUGUAGCAGUAUCUACAUGGGACAUUGCCACACGGCAAUUUAGUGGGCUGUAGAUUUAUACCCUGGCCAACUGUACAGUAAUGUCUCAUGCAGAUAAGCCCUUAAUGAAGCUAGUGAGGCACUUCCAGCUGGUGGAUGGGCCAGAAAUAUCCUGAGGCUAUGGCCCCUCUCCCAUACUAUUCCAGUGCUCCCUAUUCUGAUCAGGAACUACAGAGCUGCAGGAAAAUCAACACUAAUGGAAAACACAGUUAACCAGGCUUUUUCCCAGCCCCAGCCUCUGAUUUGAGCUGCAGUGCAAGGUUCAUAUUUUAUCUAGGCUGGCUUGCUCAAUCUCUGUCCUAGAUUUAGAGCUGUGGGGUUGUCCAGCUUGUGCGAGGGGGAAAAAUUGACCUCUGUCCUGCUUCAAGUCACAAACAACUCACUCUCUAAUUUCAAAUCCACUCGGUUUAGUUUCAUUACCUAGCUCUUAAUGCUGAAUGCUCCCACCUGACGCAAUGGAAGGAACAUGUGCUUUUUCUCAUGUGCCGGUCUCGCCUGCAGCACAGGGCCCUUGGAUAUCCGUAAGUGGCCUCCUCUGCCCCCACGGGUAGGCAUUGUAGAUCCCCAGGGCCUCUGGGCCUGCCCCAUGGAUCAGGCGGUGGGUUGUCUCUGCAGCACCUCUUGCUCCUAUGAAUACUUGGAGGCCCUGCUGCCAACUCCCACCAGCUCCCUGCCUUGCCUUCCAGAUUGGUAGACCCAGGAGCCUUUGUGUGCUUCUGACACCAUCCGCUAAAGGUGUGCGCCAGCGCGCUCUAUAAAUCCAUACCUGUGUGCCUAUGGAAUCAAAUCUCUUAGCUAGUUAGCCUGGAAUAUUGCUAGGACAAGUCAGCACAGCAGCUAUAAUAUUUGCUCGUGUGUAGAGCACAUAUCCACUGCAAAUAGAGGUGGAUAUAAUCUCUUUGCAAUGGGGCUGGUGUAUGAUUCUGCACAUGUGUGUCAUGGGAGAGCAUGUCUGGUCCCUGGGCGUGGGGCCUUGGCAUCCCCAACUGGCCUAGCUCCUGGGACAGUGAGUACCUCGCUGUUGCUCAGCAGAGUCCUGCAGUGGAAUAGGGACUGGCUCUGAGUAGCUGCUCAGUAAGGACCAGGACUGUGCAGGGGUCUCCAGAACAUGGGAGGAGGAUCUACGACAGGCUCUAGCUGCCCAUAAAUGGGUGAGAUAGGCCAAGAGGGCGACCAGAUGGGCUCCUUUGUCCUGCAGUGCUGUCUGCCCUCCCUGUGGCACCUGUGAGCUGUCUGCAUCCAUCCCAGCCCUGUGCUCAGUAACUGAGCUGGCUGGCAGUGGAGUCAGCCAACUGGCAUCUCCCUGCUGCCCCUUGAAGGUGGGUGGCACCAUCCUGCCCCCUCCAAGGAAUUGGGGGCACACCAGGCCUCAGCCACCCUGCAACGAGCCUCUCUGAGGGGGAGUGACCAUCCACACCAUGAAAGGCCAACGUGAACGGAGGGGGCCGGCUUGACCUUUGCUGGGGGGGGCAGAGAGGAGUGUUCCCUGCCCGCACCCCAGCGAAUGGGUCAGUGUGGUUGAGUUGGUGAAGCUGAUCUAGCAGAGCUCACAAAAGCCCAGUUCAUAGGGACCAUCUGAUGGCAGCAGGGGCCUCAGCCUGGGUGGGGUGAGAUUGUUUCCCAUCUGUCGUCUGCCACAGAGGCCAUGAGCAGGGGGCAGUGGGUGCUGGGACCCUGGCAGCCAUGCAGAGGAAGGUCCUCUGACAUGCAUCCGCAUGGGCUCACCACGAGGUGGCACCAUCCGUGCACUCCCCGAAGGCCUGGUGUGCUGGCCACAAGCUGGGGUGACACCUUGCUUCCCACACAGCUGCCUGUUUAAAGCAGUGCUGGCCCCCGGCCAGGCCAGGCUGAUGCAGCCACACCUGUGCGCUCUCCCAGGGCAACGCCUGGGCGCUGCCCCACCCCAUGCAUGUUGUUCUGAAGCUAAACCACGAGGGAGCGGCUGAGUCAGCAUGUGGGGAGAGCCAGCUCUCAGCUGGGCUGUCCCCAGUCACAGCCCCCAUCCCUCUCCCUCUGCCUCAAAGGCCUCUCCAAGUAGUAAGUCACCUGCUGGGUUCAGAAGGGCCAGAGACCCAGCCAGGGGCCUAACUGCGGAGGGUGGUUUCUCUGAACAAGCCAGCGAGCAGUGAAGGAAUCCAGGGCAGUAAGAGCGAUGGUGAAUGUUAGCGUGGUCAGAACCCAGCCCCCAUGUGCCCGCUGCUGGGGUCAGGCUGCAUAGCACCAGGUCCUGGCUCCGGGGACGUCAUCUAGCCAGCCAGCCAGCAGCAGCAGCCUUCUGCUCGCUACAGUGGCUCUGCAGGAGAGCAGAGGUGGGUUGCAGAAGCCAUCAGUUGGCUCAGGAGCAUGCUGCAUGCUUGGGAAUCCCUUAGCCCUGCAGAAAGCCAUGCACAUGGAAAGGGAACAGGGUCCCAGCCCUGGCAAUCACAGAGGCACUGUAGAACAUUUUGCUUGUGAGUGACUGAUCACUGGGAUGAUGCUGGGAGCUGCCCCUUGCUAGGCCUUCAUGUGACGGUGGAUGGUACAGUCUCCUCAGCCAGCUGUAGAUAGAAAGAGGCGUUUUUGGCACUUGCUGCUCUCUGGGAGUCUAGGUGGGGAGAUAAGGCUGGCAGGACCACAAACUGUGCCCUAGCAAGACCACCGGGGUCAGGCGCAUUCUGCUGAGGGGAUGGCUCUGGCAGUUCUUCGAAGUGCCAACCAGUGGUACCGCUGUUUGGCCUGUGUUGAGCCUGAGUCAGCUGUGACCACACGUUCCUCACAGGGUCAGAUAUUCCAAAGAGCUUGGCACCCAAUGUGCACCCAAUAUACAACCAACAUACACCCAAUGUACACUCAACAUGUACUCAGCAUACUUUCAACAUACACCCAAUGUACACCCGACAUGCACUCAAUGCACACCCAACAUACAUCCAACACACACCUAAUGCACACCCAAUGUAAUCCAACAUACACCCAGUGUACACCCAACAUGCACCCAGCAUACACACAAUGUGCACACAACUUGCUGAGCACAGUGGAAAAAUCUGCCCAUAUAUUUUGGUGCCUAAACAGGCACUGAGCUUUUUUGAAAAUCAGGCCUUGAUUUGGCAAAGCCUUUAAACGUGCUUACUUUUAAGCAUGUGAAUAAUCUAAUCUGUCACAGGGUGACUGGCCCUUUAAGAGGGAGAGGGGACCUGUGCACCUCUGACUGGUCAGCUGCCACUCAGGUUUAAGAGAAGGCACCUGGGCUCUAUAGAAAGGGAGAUUAUUAGGAAGGGGCAGGUGACAACUGCCAGAAAAAAGAGGGAGAAAUGGUAGCUGGGGGAAAGAAGCUGAAGGCGUGCUGUACCUGUGAGUUACCAGUGAUGAAUGAUGAGGACUGGCUGGUGCUGGGGAGCUGGGCUGAGUUGCAGGAGGACUUGUGUAAAGGAAGGUGGGGAUGAACCAGGUUGGUCACUGCAAGCGGGGCUGGAAGUAAGGGGCUGACUCUGCAGGGUAGCUCUCAGGAGGGGACAGGGUAGGGCUCACCAAGGAGACCUGGGGAGUGGGCUGCUCUGGGAAGUCCCCCUUGCAGCAGGCCUGACCCAGGAAGAAGGUGCUGGGGGGGGAGGGAGGUUCCCUGAGAAGGGAUAGGACUUUCAGACAAGGUAGGAGGCCUGAGAAGGAAUCUUGGAACUCUCAGGCAGAAGGUCUAGUGAGUGGAGACUGGGAACAGGGGCUGACUGGUUAGUGACUCUCUGGAUGGUCAGCUGGGGAUGAUUCCCUUUGAAAGGGAUUGAAGAGCUGUUGUGUUGUCCUUGUGUUGUUUUGAUGCCCCUUCGUCUGACUAGAUGAAAGGGAAACACCCUCCCUGCUCAACAAAGCACAUGCUUAUGUUUUGUUUGGCUGUACCAGAGCCUGAAUGUGGAGCUGUAUGGUUGAGUUCUAUCAGUGUAGCUGUAGCCUUAUAGCCCACAGCACCCUUAUGAACUCCUGUAGCCUCCCCAGAUGUAAACCAAGAGGCAACAGGAAUGAACCCUUCAGAACAGGCAGGUAAACAGUUGUAUAGCAAUACCGGGUAGUGGUCAUGAGAGCCAUGCAGUGCAAAAUCAGAGUGAGGUAGCUACAGCGGGGCUAGAGCGUGCCAAAGUGAGCCAGAAUGUGCCCUUCCACCCGCACUAGGUCUAACCACAAGGACUUACGGGCAGGAAUUGGUAUUUUUGUAUUUAUUCCUGGAUGUGAUCAGGACAAAGUGCUUCAUUUCCACCAGUGGAUGUGGCUUCUCCUGGCACAACAAGGUGAUGUGGCUGUGGCAGAACAAUAUCC